AUGGCGGAGGACUCGUACGACGAAGAGUGCGACUACCUCUUCAAGGCGGUGCUGAUAGGAGACUCCGCCGUUGGAAAAUCGAACCUCUUGUCGAGGUUCUCAAGAGAUGAGUUCCGGUUAGACUCUAAACCGACCAUUGGAGUAGACUUUGCUUACAGGAAUGUUCGGGUCGGUGAUAAGACCAUCAAGGCUCAGAUAUGGGACACAGCCGGCCAAGAAAGAUUUAGAGCUAUAACGAGUUCGUAUUACCGUGGAGCAUUAGGAGCUUUACUGAUCUACGACAUCACAAGACGGAAAACGUUCCAAAACAUCAACAAAUGGUUGUCGGAGCUCAGAGACUUCUCUAGUUCCGAGACGGUGGUUGUUCUCGUCGGUAACAAGUCCGAUCUCCGGCAUUCUAGAGAAGUUGAAGAAGAAGAGGGCAAGACGCUAGCUGAGCUAGAGGGUCUCUAUUUCCUUGAGACAUCGGCUUUAGAGAACCAAAACGUAGAAGAAGCGUUUUUAAGCAUGAUCGGACGGAUACACGAGGUUUUGAUCCAGAAGUUCGCUUUAGACAACAAAUCCAACGGUGAAGAUGGUGGUACGGUCGUUCCCGCCGGUAAAGAGAUUGUAGAUAUUCACGAAGUUACCGCCACUCGACCGUUGAGUAUUUCUUUCUCCAAUUGUUGCUUCUAG